CCGUUUUACAGAUUGGGCUUCCUGUGCUUUCACUUGAUUUUUGUGCAUGUUAAUUAAAGUUGUUUUGCUUGCACUGGUUGCAAGAAUGAUGAGUUUAUCACAUACGUACUAUUCGUAUACCGAUACAAAUGGAAAAUUGAAAUACUAGAACCCUUUUAAGAUGAGUAAUCUAGAAGAAGAUGUCGAAAGAGGUCAAAUAUUUGAAUCUACAGCAGGGGAGAGUGCUUCGACGUCGUAUCGUGGGGAGGACUUUUUAGAAGAAACUCUUCAAUUUGUUGAUUCAAGUUAUAUCGAUGAUACAAUGGAUAAUGAAACAAAUAACAAAGACAGUUUACAAACGAUUUCGAAGCUAAAAAGUAGUAGUGGAGAAUCCGAGGAUUUAUAUUCUGACGAUGAUUUUGAAUCCACAGAGUACAACGACUCCACAAAGGAACUCUCCACAGACAUUACUACAGAGGUAUUCACAGACAACAUCGAGGAAAUAGAAGCCAAAGAGCAAUUUCUUAAACAGAAAAUUGAUAUUUUGAAAAAUAAACCAUUAAGCUUAAACAACCAUGUCGUACAAAUAACAGAUCAAAGACUUCAAUCUUAUGAAUACAACACAAGAAAGAUUAAUGUUUUAAGAAACAAGUUUAAGUCAAAGAAAGUGAAACAAAMUACAGAGCAAUCUCUGAAGUCUAAUACUCAAAAAGUCCUGAAAAAUACAAGAAAAUUGGAGCAACUGAAAAUAGAAAAUACCAUUUUUGAGGUGGAAAAGAAAAUUGCUAGUCCAUUACAUCAACCAAGGAAAUGCAAAACAUGCAGACAGAUGCRUAGCAAACUAAGUGAAAAUGAAUAUGUAAAAAGGAAAACUGCUCAACUCAGCAAACAACAAUUCUCUGAUGAUUUAGAGAAACAUCUUUAUCAGAAGGAUUCUGUCACACUUAUUGCAGACAUCAUUAACUCUGGUCCAAAMUCAAGUGACCCACCACAAGAAAUUUGGGAUAGGCUGUUAAGAAAGGGAAAAUCUACCUGUUAACGUCAUUAGCAAUAUAACUUCAUAGAGCUCGUUUUAUACUGGAUUUAUUUAUAAGUGACAAUAUAUUAUUUGAAUUUUAGUACUGCAAUAAUGAUCCCAUUUCGAGUGGGAUUUAAGACAAUACAUGUUUAGAAUAAAAUGUCCAUUCAGAGCAAGAAUAACAAAUUACUGGCAGUAUUGCAGAGUUAAUCCAAUGCUGUUCAAUUCACUGCAAUUAUCCAUCUAGAAUUGUGUCUUUUUAACACUUUCUGGCUUAGAAAAGUAACAUCUUUUCCAUCCAACAUAACUACCACAGAUAUGCUUCUGUUAAAGGGACACUGUCAAUGGAUGACAUGCGCAGUAACAGUCUCACCUCUAACGGACUUUGAAAGUAUUACCUUCGA